AUGCCCCCCGAGCUGUACCACAAGGAGUUUGCCAACGCUGGCCAGAAGAGUGGCCUGCAGAUCUGGAGGAUCGAGCAGCUGGACCUGGUGCCGGUGCCUGAGAACUUGCACGGCAAUUUCUACGUGGGGGAUGCGUACCUGGUGCUCCACACCCUGAAGAAGAGCAACGCCACCUUCUACAAGCUGCACUACUGGCUAGGGAAAGAAUGCAGCCAGGACGAAAGCACAGCUGCAGCAAUCUUCACUGUUCAGCUGGAUGACUAUCUAGGUGGGAAACCUGUGCAGAGUAGAGAAAUUCAAGGACACGAGUCUACUGACUUUGUUGGAUAUUUCAAAGGAGGGAUUAAGUACAAGGCAGGUGGUGUUGCAUCCGGAUUUAAACACGUAGUCACUAACGACUUGAGUGCACAGAGGCUUCUGCAUAUUAAGGGCCGGAGGGUAGUGAGAGCUACAGAAGUUCCUCUCAGCUGGGCCAGUUUCAACAAAGGAGACUGUUUCAUUGUUGAUCUCGGAACUGAAAUUUACCAGUGGUGUGGCUCAACAUGCAAUAAAUUUGAGCGUCUGAAGGCUACUCAAGUUGCUGUUGGCAUUCGGGACAAUGAGAGGAAUGGAAGAUCUCAGCUAAUUGUUGUAGAAGAAGGAAGUGAGCCAAGACAACUUACAAAGGUUUUAGGGACUAAGCCACUGCUUCGUGAGGAUAAUGAUAAUGAUGAUGAGGCAGCUGAUAUCACAAACAGGAGAAUUGCUAAACUAUACAUGGUGUCAGAUGCAAGUGGGUCCAUGAAGGUGUCGGUGGUUGCAGAGGAAAACCCCUUCUUGAGGGCUAUGCUUUUGUCUGAAGAGUGUUUCAUUUUGGACCAUGGUGCUGCAAGAAAGAUCUUUGUGUGGAAAGGCAAAGAUGCUAACCCACAUGAGAGAAAGGCAGCCAUGAAGACUGCCGAAGAAUUCAUACAACAAAUGAACUACCCUGCCAAUACCCAGAUUCAAGUGCUUCCAGAAGGAGGGGAAACUCCAAUCUUCAAACAGUUCUUCAGAGACUGGAAGGAUAAAUAUCAAAGCGAAGGCUUUGGGAAAGUCUAUGUCACUGAGAGAGUGGCUAGAAUUGAGCAGAUUGAAUUUGAUGCUACCAAGUUACAUGAAUCUCCACAAAUGGCUGCCCAACACAAUAUGGUUGAUGACGGUUCAGGGAAAGUGGAGGUCUGGCGUGUUGAAAGUAAUGGCAGAAUCCCUGUGGAGUCUGAGACAUACGGAGAAUUUUUUGGUGGUGACUGCUACAUUAUACUUUAUACUUAUCCUAAAGGACAGAUCAUCUACACAUGGCAAGGAGCACAUGCAACAAAAGACGAGCUGACUGCAUCUGCAUUCCUGACUGUUCAGCUUGAUCGGUCACUAAAUGGACAGGCUGUCCAGAUCCGGGUCUCCCAAGGAAAAGAACCUGCACAUUUGCUGAGUUUGUUCAAAAACAAACCACUCAUUGUCUACAAGGAUGGAACAUCCAAGAAAGGAGGUCAGAAACCUGCUCCCCCCACGCGUCUCUUUCAAAUUCGCAGGAACCUGGCGUCCAUCACCAGGAUUGUGGAGGUUGAUGUUGACGCAACUUCAUUGAACUCCAAUGAUGUUUUUGUUUUGAAACUGCCAACAAACUCUGGCUACACCUGGGUCGGAAAAGGAGCAAGCAGAGAAGAGGAAAAAGGAGCUCACUAUGUAGCCAGCAUUCUGAAAUGUCAAACCACUAGGAUUGAGGAAAGCCAGGAACCAGAGGAAUUCUGGAGAGCCCUUGGAGGUAAGAAAAAAUACCAGACUUCAGCACAGCUGCUAACUGAGUCUGAAGACCACCCUCCUCGUCUCUAUGGCUGUUCCAAUAAGACUGGCAGGUUUAUUAUUGAGGAGGUCCCGGGAGAAUUCACUCAGGAUGAUUUAGCUGAAGAUGAUGUCAUGUUGUUAGAUACUUGGGAGCAGGUCUUUAUCUGGAUUGGUAAAGAUGCUAAUGAAACUGAGCGAAAUGAAUCUGUGAAAUCUGCCAAACGCUAUAUUGAGACAGAUCCUUCUGGAAGAGACAAGGGGACUCCACUUGUUAUUGUGAAGCAAAGAUACGAACCCCCUACAUUCACAGGCUGGUUCCUGGGCUGGGAUUACAACAAAUGGAAAAACUGA